GAGAGAGAGAGAGAGGGAGAGAGAGAGAGAGAGGGAAAAAAAAGAUAGAGGGACAUAAAUAGGAGUGCGUCCUGCUGGUCGGGGGUGGGAGUGAAAGAGAGACACUGGGUGUGUUCAUCGCGCGCGAGAUUUGUUUAUCUCCUAUCGCAAUUAUAGUUAUCAAGUGUUCACAAAUAAUCCGGCAACCGAGUUCACGUUCUCGAUGGAAUUCGAUGCCAGGACUCGUGUUCGAUGAUCAAAAACCGGCCUCCACGUUGAUCGCGCGAUCGUCGGUUCAAAUGUUCCAAGUCGCGUCGUAAAGUUUGUUGAGAAAUUUGUUAAAAGAAAAAAAAUAAAAGAAAACUAGUACAAAGGUACGGGGAAACGCAGCUGCGGAAAUACGUACGAAAUAUCGCGUAAUAGAAAAAAGUAAUUAAGUAGAAUCCACCGCCGUUCCGUUCUGCGCCCAGAUCGGCAUCCUUCAACCACUGAUUUUCAUCGUUAACCGAUUUCGUACAUAGUUAGGGACGACUCGUUAGAGGAUUGCAAUGAUGGCGAACGGAAUGGACACAGUCGUACAACAAAACGGAGGCUCAACCCUCGGACAGACCUCGCAGGAAGAGUCGAAGACGAAUCUCAUAGUAAAUUACUUACCGCAGAGCAUGACACAGGAUGAGAUUCGUUCUCUGUUCUCCAGUAUAGGCGAGGUCGAAAGCUGCAAGCUAAUCCGUGAUAAGCUCAGCGGUCAGAGUUUGGGUUACGGUUUCGUCAACUAUCACCGGCCUGAAGAUGCCGAAAAGGCUAUAAACACGCUCAAUGGUCUUCGUUUGCAGAACAAAACCAUCAAGGUGUCGUACGCGAGACCGAGCAGCGAGGCGAUCAAGGGCGCGAAUCUAUACGUCAGCGGUUUGCCGAAAAAUAUGGCGCAACAGGAUCUGGAGAAUCUCUUCAGUCCCUACGGCAGAAUUAUCACGUCGCGGAUACUGUGCGACAACAUCACCGUACGACAGUUUGUGACCGGCGGCGGAGACAAUUUGCCCGGCCUGUCGAAGGGCGUCGGCUUCAUAAGGUUCGACCAGCGCGUCGAGGCUGAACGAGCGAUCCAAGAGCUGAAUGGCACCAUACCGAAGGGCUCGUCCGAGCCGAUCACCGUCAAGUUCGCCAACAAUCCUAGCAACAACAACAAGGCGAUACCGCCAUUGGCCGCCUAUCUCGCACCACAAGCCACGCGGCGUUUCGGCGGGCCGAUCCACCAUCCGACCGGCCGCUUCAGGUACAUUCCACUGUCGCCACUAUCCAGCACUGGCAAGGCCAUGCUUGCCAUUAACAAAGGCUUACAGAGGUACAGUCCUCUGGCGGGUGACCUUCUCGCGAACUCGAUGCUGCCCGGUAACACGAUGAACGGCGCCGGCUGGUGCAUCUUCGUGUACAACCUCGCACCCGAGACUGAAGAGAAUGUGCUCUGGCAGCUGUUCGGACCCUUCGGCGCCGUCCAAUCGGUCAAGGUCAUACGCGACCUUCAGACAAACAAGUGCAAGGGCUUCGGGUUCGUGACGAUGACCAAUUACGAGGAGGCGGUGGUGGCCAUACAGAGCUUGAACGGGUACACCCUGGGCAACCGCGUGCUCCAGGUCAGCUUCAAGACGAAUAAGAGCAAGGCGGCGUAGG